CACCAGCGCCGGGGCGCAGAGGCGGGUUUCAGCGUGGUCAAGAGAGUGAAUGUAUCUGACGUAGAUGCACUGCGCAUAAUCAUCAAGAACGUUGUUUACUUCAGUUAUCAGUGGCCCGUUUAUCUGGUUGGUAUCCGAAGCAAGUCAGAUUUGCCAUGAUACUUCACCUCAUGGUUCGAACUUCUGCUGAAUCACAACCAUUUGCCGCUGAGCUAUGACAAGAGUGGAAACAAAAAGUUAAACGAGCAAGCCUGCUAUACGUAAGAAGGUACGGGUGAGUACUAAAGGACCCACAUGAAUGGGCUUCACAAAAGAGACAGCCCACCCCAUGCAGAGCUGCUGCCCCAGGCCAGCUAUUUGUGCUCUGGAAAAGGCUGACUUGCAUGAGAAAACAGCAAACUUCCUUGAUAACAUGCUUUUGCGAAGUUCAGGAAAAUUGAACGUGGGCACCAGGAAAGAGGAUGGUGAGAGUACAGCCCUCACCCCUCGCCCAAAGAUCUUGCGAUGUAAAUGCCACCACCAUUGUCCAGAAGACUCAGUCAACAAUAUUUGCAGCACAGAUGGAUAUUGUUUCACAAUGAUAGAAGAAGAUGAUUCUGGGAUGCCUGUGGUCACUUCUGGAUGUCUAGGACUAGAAGGCUCAGAUUUUCAGUGUCGGGACACGCCCAUUCCUCAUCAAAGAAGAUCAAUUGAAUGCUGCACAGAGCGGAAUGAGUGUAAUAAAGAUCUACACCCUACACUGCCUCCACUGAAAAACAGAGAUUUUGUUGAUGGACCUGUACACCACAAGGCCUUACUUAUAUCUGUGACUGUCUGUAGUUUGCUCUUGGUCCUUAUCAUUUUAUUCUGUUACUUCAGGUAUAAAAGACAAGAAACCAGACCUCGGUACAGCAUUGGAUUAGAACAGGAUGAAACUUACAUUCCUCCUGGAGAAUCCCUGAGAGACUUAAUUGAGCAGUCUCAGAGCUCAGGAAGCGGCUCAGGCCUCCCUCUGCUGGUCCAGAGGACUAUAGCUAAGCAGAUUCAGAUGGUGAAACAGAUUGGAAAAGGGCGCUAUGGGGAAGUUUGGAUGGGAAAGUGGCGUGGCGAAAAGGUAGCUGUGAAAGUGUUCUUCACCACAGAGGAAGCCAGCUGGUUCCGAGAGACAGAAAUAUAUCAGACAGUGUUGAUGAGGCAUGAAAACAUUUUGGGGUUCAUUGCUGCAGAUAUCAAAGGAACGGGGUCCUGGACCCAGUUGUACCUAAUCACAGAUUAUCAUGAAAAUGGUUCCCUCUAUGAUUACCUGAAGUCCACCACCCUAGAUACUAAGUCGAUGCUGAAGUUAGCCUAUUCUUCUGUCAGUGGCCUAUGUCACUUACACACCGAAAUCUUUAGUACUCAAGGCAAACCAGCAAUUGCCCAUCGAGAUCUGAAAAGUAAGAACAUCCUGGUGAAGAAAAAUGGAACUUGCUGUAUAGCCGAUCUGGGCUUGGCUGUUAAAUUUAUUAGUGAUACGAAUGAAGUUGACAUACCACCCAACACUCGAGUUGGCACCAAACGCUAUAUGCCUCCAGAAGUGUUGGAUGAGAGCUUGAAUAGAAAUCACUUUCAGUCUUACAUCAUGGCGGACAUGUACAGUUUUGGACUCAUCCUGUGGGAGGUUGCUAGGAGAUGUGUAUCAGGAGGUAUAGUGGAAGAAUAUCAGCUUCCCUAUCAUGAUCUAGUGCCCAGCGAUCCCUCUUAUGAGGACAUGAGAGAGAUCGUGUGUAUCAAGAAGCUGCGUCCCUCCUUCCCCAACCGGUGGAGCAGUGAUGAGUGUCUAAGGCAGAUGGGGAAACUCAUGACAGAAUGCUGGGCUCACAAUCCUGCUUCCAGACUGACAGCACUGCGGGUUAAGAAAACACUUGCCAAAAUGUCAGAGUCCCAGGACAUUAAACUCUGAAUUGAGGGCAAAAAUAAGCAUCUCUGGAGAAAGCCAGUAGCUACUCUUCUGUCUGUGGGCAGAGCAAAAGAUGUUCCAGAAGCAUCCACAGUACAAGCCGUGAACAUCGUCCUGCUUCCCAGUAAGUUUAGCCUCACCUCUCAGGGAGCAGCUUGGACAAAGAGAAGUUCCCAGAAACACGGAUUCAUCGUGUCUGUUUGUAGGAGGGAGAAACUGUUUGGGUAACUUGUUCAAGAUAUGAUGCAUGUUGCUUUCUAAGAAAGCCCUGUAUGUUGGGAUUGCCUUUUUUUUUUUUUUUUCAAAAGAUGCUUUAAUUUUGCCAAAAUAAAACAAAUAAUGUAGAUGU